AUGAAGGCAAAAGAAAAGCUGAGGGUCUCACUGAUCUGUAACACUUCAGAGUUACAAACUGAUGACGAGGAACAAGUGAUUAUGAGGAAAAGAAAAAGUAAGCCAAGGAUCAUUUUUGGUGAUACAGACUCUGACAGUGAGGCAGAUGAGUGGAACAAGAGAAGACGCACCUCCACUCCAUUGCCUCCUAUUCCUCCACCUACCCUCAAUGAAGUUUGCCAGACCACUACUAGACCUCUGCCAGGCCCGAGGCAUACUACAGCUCCUGCACCACUUGUCCCUAGCCCUCCACCUUACAUUCUUCCAAGUCCUCCACACCACUUCUCUGCUGGACAUCGUCCAGAUUUGAGGAGGCAAUCUGACCGUGGUUGUGACACAGCUCCAAUGUCACUGGUUGACACCCCUACGCGUCUGCCCUCAAGUCCUGUGUGCCGGAUCUCUGCCACCCCUCUGUCAGAUGAUGGCCAAGACCACCUUUUCGUCCCUAGCUUUAGACUGGGGAAGACCGGCACUGGACCUGUUCCUUGCUCCAUGUUUCCCUGCUCCAACACACCUGAUUCAAUUAAAUGGGUUGUUAUAACGACCAUUGAUUCAAAUCAGAUGCACAUCCUGACCCUGCUGGAACACAUCAAGCAGCAGCAAAUGCAACUUGCUGCCGCUGUCAACAGUCUUGCUGCAAGAGUGGGUACAGAAACUCCAGUGGCUGAGAUGCCGGACAAUAUGAGUUUCCCACUGGCCACCAUGUCUGAAGUGGAGGAGUUGGAGGAGUGGCUGAAAGACUCGAGGAAUUCUCAUGCUAAGCAAAACAUGAUUUCUGCGCUUGGUGCUGUAGGAGGACAGAACACCAAGAGAAUAUCCUGGAAUGUUCUAUCAAAGAUUUUCUCUGACACAGUGGCCAAAAGAAUUAAUUGGAAAGGAGUAAAUGGCAAAAAAUGCUUCAAAGAAAUGCUCACAAGAACUCUGUUAAUAAAAGCUGUAAGGAAGAAUCAUCAGAGUGCACCGGACAGUGAGAUUGACUCUUGCGCCAUAAGAUGGUUCAACCUGGCAUCUGACCGGGGAGGCGGCCACAAAGACAGGGCGAUGGCCAAGGAGACAUCAACCUCUUAA